UACUAUGAUGAACCAGAGUAAGGAUAGACUAUUGGAAGAAAGUAGAUAUUUGAAUUUAAAAAGAUCACUUGAAAAACUGUUACAGCCUACUUUAGCCAAGGCAAUAAAUAAAUUGAAACAAACAUUUUAUUUAGGAAGUAAUCAUGAUGAAGAACUGGAUGAAGCUAUUAAAUCAAAAUCUUUAGAGCCAAUACAGAAAGCCUGUGACUUAGCUUAUACUAGAGCUUAUACUCUUCGGGUUGCAAAUAAAGAAAGCUGGGAUGUUGCUUCUGCUUUGAAUGAUACAGAAAGCAACAAUCCAAUGGAAGCAAUACUUAAAGAAAAACUUCUAAACAAAGCUUAUAAUCUGUUUAAUGAAUUUUGUCACUGGGCAAAAGUGUCUAAUGAUCAAGUAGAUAUAGAUAUUCUAAUAACCUUUAUAGGUUGGCUAGAUAUGACAGGACAAGUUGCAAAAUUACAAAUCUGUUUGAAUGCUUUAUUAAAAGAAUUUAAAUAUUUAGGAAAAAUAGACAUAACUAAUAAUUGGAGAAUUAAAGCAACAGUUCGUAGUUUAAAACUUCUUAAAGCUUAG